AUGUCUGACUCUCCCCGAUCCGAGAGGUCCGUCUACCUGACCAGGUACAGUACCCCGGUACCCGAACUGGAUGAUCACCGCCUCCAGAUGCAGACGCCUCCACGCAUUGAGGCCCCGAUCGAGCGCUCUUACAGUCCGCGCGAUACCACUCGAACGCCCGCAGCUGAAAUGCCUGAGCGUCCAGACCUGCUCAAUGUGCAGGAUGCGUUUAGGGAGGGCCCAAUCCCCCGGGACUUCGAAAAUACCAUGUUGGACGACGAUCGUUCGCUGAAUGAGAUGAAUGGACUCGGUCGACGUUUUUCUGUUGAUCCCAAUGCCACCUUUCAUAGUCCCCGUCGCAUCAGCAUCCCGAAUCCGGACCUCGCCAAUGCUGAAUGCAGCUCGUCCGUGUCUGCUCGAUCCUCUUCUCCCCCCAAUUCAGUCGAGGCAUUUGCCGACCCCCGUCGCCGUGAGCGCGCCAAUACCCUGGAUAGCCAUGCGCCUCCUGAUCUGGAAGCUAUCUUGCAUCGCACUGUCUCGGGUGGCACUAACAAUCGUCGCCCAACGUUCAGCAAUGCCAGUGUCAUUCGGCCUCAAUUGGGCGAUGUGCCAUUCGAUACGACAGAGGAGGCUUGCUUUGAAGAGCCAGGCCGCAUUCCCGUAAUCGACUACGAGGAACUUGAGGAGUUCGUGGCUUUGAAUCCGAGCACCAAGGCUGUCGAUGGCAAUCGUCGCAAGUACAGCGUAAGCUCGCAGAGCAAGAGACCCCGGAUUUUUUACGAUCUCCGCCCCGGCGCCGACAGCCCCGAGAUGAGUGAAAUCAAAAAGACCGACUCGUCCGAUUCCCACAUCGAAGAUGAGAAGAAGACUGCCAAGAUCACAGACGAAAAGGAGCUGGUUAAAACGCUCCAGAAUACGAACCAGCGCACCCGUUUUGGUUUCUUCUCGUCCGAGUCUCAAACUACAGUGCAUGCUGCCGACUUGGGGGAUCUGGUGCUCCCUGGCGAAACCUUCCGCGAUCUCUUUGAGCUGGGUCCCGAGGGAGGUGUGUGGUGGUUGGAUGUGGUCAACCCCACUGAAGAGGAAUUGGGGGCUAUCUCUCGUGCUUUCUCUAUCCAUCCGCUGACGACGGAGGAUAUCCAGACCCAGGAAGCCCGCGAGAAGGUUGAAUUGUUCAAGCAGUACUACUUUGUCUGUUUCCGAACCUUCUUCCAAAUGGACAAGACCAGCGAGGACUUCCUCGAGCCCGUCAAUUUCUACAUGGUUGUUUUCCGAGACGGUGUUCUCACCUUCUCAUUCCAGGACAAUCCUCACGCAUCCAACGUUCGGAAACGUAUCGGAAAGCUGCGCGACUAUGUGGCUCUCAGCAGUGAUUGGAUCUGUUACGCGAUGAUCGACGACAUUGUGGACAGCUUCGGCCCCGUGAUUCGUGAUGUGGAAUUGGAGUCCGAGGCGAUCGAAGACCACGUUUUCAUCGCCCGGGUUGACGACUUCGAGUCCUUCCUCCCUCGCAUUGGAGGCCUGCGCAAGAAGGUCAUGAGUUUGAUGCGCCUGUUGGGCGGCAAAGCCGAUGUCAUUCGUGGAUUUUCCAAGCGCUGCAACGAGCAAUACUCGGUGACUCCCCGUGGUGAUAUCGGUCUCUACUUGGGCGAUAUUCAGGAUCACGUUGUGACCAUGAUGUCGAACUUGGCGCAUUUCGAGAAGAUGCUCAGCCGGUCUCACACCAAUUAUCUUGCCCAGCUGAACGUCACCAACUUGGUGCUGGGUAACCAUGUCAACAAGGUUCUCAGCAAGGUCACCCUGAUUGCUACAAUUUUGGUUCCCAUGAACCUCAUCUGUGGUCUAUUCGGUAUGAACGUAGAAGUUCCCGGCUUGAACACCCCAGGAUUGGGAUGGUUCUUCGGCAUUGUCGGGGUGAUGGCCGGUAUUGUUAUUGUCAGUAUCGCUCUGGCUCGAUGGCAGAGGCUGGUUUGA